AUGUCGCUCCUCAAAAGGUACCUUGGGCUCGCCGGUGCUGCUCCCGCCCAUGACCCCAAAGCCCCCGUCAGGGCACUACCAGCAUCAUGGUACACGUCCCAGGACAUGUACGAGCUUGAGCGCCGUGCAAUCUUCUCCAGAAAGUGGCUCCUCACAACGCACAAGUCUCGUCUUCCCAACCCUGGAGAUUGGGUCAAGUACGACGUGGCGGGCUACUCCUUCAUCGUGGUCCAGGACCGCAAGGGCAAGAUCAACGCUUUCCACAAUGUUUGCCGACACCGGGCCUUCCCUGUGGUCACGAGCACCCACGGCAACAGCUUCAUCUUCUCAUGCAAGUACCACGGAUGGUCCUAUGGUCUUAGCGGAAACCUCGCCAAGGCCCCGGGGUACCAGGACCUCGAGGGGUUCGACAAGUCCAAGAAUGGCCUGUUUCCCAUCCACGUGCAUCUCGACAAGAAUGGAUUCAUCUGGCUGAAUUUGGAUGCGGGCGAGACACCCGAGAUUCCGUGGGGUGAAGACUUUGAAGGAGUCGACGAGCAGCAGAGGUUCGAGCACUACAAUUUCGAAGACUACGUGUACGACCACACGUGGGAGAUGGAGGGUGAAUACAACUGGAAGAUCCUGGCAGACAACUACAACGAGUGCUACCACUGCCCUCAAGCACACCCCGACAUCCCGUCAAUUGCAGAUCUCAACUCCUACUACGUUCAGACGAAGGCCUCCCACAUCCAGCACUUCGGCCAGCCCACAGAGGAACAGAUCGCAAAGGGCUUUCGUGUGGCGGCAACGUACUUCUGGCCCAACGCAUCCAUGAAUGUUUCACCGCACUUCUUCUUUAUCCAGCGCUUCAUGCCCAGCGGCCCCACCAAGUCCGUCAUGAAGUAUGAAGUAUUCCGGAACAAGAAUUCGAGCGACGAGGAUUUUGGCGUGAUCAACGACAUGUACAAGCGAAUCAUGUCCGAGGACAAGUAUCUCUGUCUCAACUCACAGAAGAACCUCAACGCCGGCAUCUUUGUCAACGGCGAGCUUCACCCCGAGCUGGAAAAGGGACCACUAUUCUUCCAGAGGACUGUUCGCGAGGUCAUGACCGCACACUUUGAGAAGGAGCAGCUUCUUGGCGAAGAAAUCUGGCCCGCUCAGCAGCGUGUGCCCAAGUCGGCGACAGCCAGUCAGGCCGACACCAACUUUUGUUCGGCAGUCGACUGUUGCAGGAAGACCAAGAUUACCGAGAAGAAGCAGACCAUGGCCGAGGCGCUUGCAUUUUAG